GAGUGUAGGAGUUAGGCUAGUGUAAAUGGCAGAACCUGGCUUUUAAAUCUAAAGAAGAGGAACUUGGAGUGACUUUUGGGAAUAAUCCUGUGGACUAGUGUGCAAGGUGGAAUUAAGCUUUUGUGGACUUUACACUUGGCCAGGGAAAGAACAGUCUGAGGUGACAGCAGAGGGCAACAGUGAGGUGAGAGCAGUCCGGAUGGCAGGCAGCUGGGGUCUUGCCUGCCCUGGAUGCUCACUCUAGGAGCCCAACGGGCCACAGUUCACCUGCAGACAGUGCACAGGACGGGUGCCCAUGAGGUCGUCGACGCUGGUCCUGCUUUUUCUGAUCAGCGUCCAGGCUGUGGCGAACAUGGGAGGGGAUGCCCAUGCCGGGGAUACAACUCAGCACAAUGCCAAGCAAUCAGAGAUGCAACAGGAGCCGAGCGCCUUCUCCUCCAGCCAGCACCGCAACCCCAACAUCCCAGACUCUAUCACCACAGUGGACCCUAAACUCUUCAGCAAACGCCAUUACCGAUCAUCCAGGGUGCUUUUCAGUUACCUGCCACCAGAUGAAGAAGUGGGAGAAGAGGACGUCGAGGCCAAUGGGGUGCAUGGGACACUCGAGGGACCUGGGUCAAGGGUCAGACGGCGUGCUAAUCCUGACAGUCAGGCCCUGCGUCGUGGGGAGUACUCAGUGUGCAAGAGUAUUAGCACUUGGGUGGGCAACAAGACAAAAGCCACGGAUAUCAAGGGGCAGGAAGUGAGUGUGUUAGCAGAGUUCAAUAUCAACAAUGUGGUUAAGAAGCAGUACUUUUUCGAGACCACUUGUGCUGGCAAUGACUCAGGUUCCUCAGGCUGCCUAGGUAUCGACAGCCGCCGCUGGAACUCCUACUGCACCAACACCCACACCUUUGUAAGGGCACUGACUGUGGACAAGAAACUGGUGGCCUGGCGGUACAUCCGCAUCAACACAGCCUGCGUGUGCGUGCUCAGCCGGAAGUCCUGGAGACACUGACCCUGACUUGACUGCCUACUCCCACUGAGGCCUCCCCCUGCCUUCUCUCACCCCACCCAAACAGCGACAACAACCUUAACUCCAACAAACUGACCCUCCAACCCCCUCUCCGCCCUCAGCUGCUCCCUCUUCCACUCCCUGCCCUACCUCACUCUGUAAAUUAUUAUGUUAAGUUGUUUUAAGUUAUGAGGACUGCAUGUUAUAUUUAUAGUUUAUAUGGUCAAAAAAACAAAAAAUUACCAAAACGAACAGAAAGGAGCUUUUUGUUGCUGUUGUUGUUGUUAUUUAUUAAACACUU